UCUAAGAUACGAUGUUAUGAAUUUUUGAAGCAAACUUCUCGCUCUUUUGCAACCGUUAUUCAAGAAUUAGACGAAGAAGUGAGAGAUGCAGUUUGUCUAUUUUACCUAAUUUUACGUGGGAUGGACACCAUUGAAGAUGACAUGACACUUCCUAUCGAAAAUAAGGAGCCCUUGCUAAGAACUUUUAACGAAAUAAUUUAUAAGAAGGGAUGGACUUAUACUGAAAGUGGUCCCGAUGAGAGAGAUCGAAAUUUACUUCUAGAGUUUGAUGUUGUAAUUGAAGAAUUUUUACAUUUGAAAAAGGAAUACAGAGACAUUAUAACCGACAUUGCUAGUAAAACGGGCAAUGGAAUGGCCGAUUAUGUGAAAAACGCUGAGCAUAAUAAAUGUGGUGUUAUUACCAAUAACGAUUUUGAUUUAUAUUGCUACUAUGUUGCUGGGUUGGUCGGCAUAGGCCUCAACGGAUUAUUUUCCGCGAGUGGAUUGGAAAGUCCAGAUUUGGCGAAUGAAACCAAGCUGCCAUAUGCCAUGGGGUUGUUUUUGCAAAAGACAAACAUUUUACGGGAUUAUUUGGAUGACGUUCUCAAUGGGCGCAAAUAUUGGCCAAAAGAGAUUUGGGGAAAAUACGCAGAUGAUUUGUCAUUACUCAAGGAGCCGGGAUAUGAGAAAGAGGCUAUAGAAUGCCUUUCAGAAGUCAUUAUGAAUACACUUCAGCAUGUACCUGAUUGUUUGACGUAUUUGUAUCGUCUAAAAAAUCCGAGUGUUUUCCGUUUCUGCGCUAUCCCACAAGUUAUGGCAAUGGCUACUUUAGCAUUUAUGUUUAGAAACAUUGAAGUAUAUAAAAAAAUUGUAAAAAUUAGAAAAGGAGUAACUGUUAAGUUAAUAUUAAAGUGUAAUAAUAUUUAUGAAGUAGCAAGUAUCUACCGUCAUUAUGGUCGUGUAAUUAUUGCCAAAAAUGAUCCCAAGGAUCCAAAUUUCUUGAAAAUUAGUAUGGCCU